UUUAAUUACUUUGGCUUGGUUUUAAUCCUUUGUAUUGGCAGCACGAUGACGGCUGACAUUUUAAUGGUUACCAUGGGAGGCACAAAAUCACAUAAAAUUCCUUUUUGGGAACUGGCAAAAGGGUUAAUAGACCGUGGACACAACAUCACCUUCCUCAAUGGUUUUCCAUCUGAUUUUCAUUUAACGGGAUUACAUGAAAUCACUCCAGCUGGUUUGGUUGAAUAUAUACAAAAUUAUACAAACUGGGACCUACUAGGGGCACGAAUGUCUGGAGAGAUGCCAAUAACAAUUUGGGAUGGAGUACGAUAUGCAUUUCAGUGCCGUGGAAAUUUCGAAUAUACUUUAUUUGGAAAUGAUGUAAAUGAGAAGUCAGAUAUUGAAAGUAGUUCCAAGUUCCAAGCCUAA